AUGGUUCAAAUAAUAUACCUUGUAGGGAUAGACCGCACUGAGAAUAAGUAUGCCUGUAUGUCCAUGGCAAUAUUACUGCACUACUUUCUUCUGAGUAUGUUUUGUUGGAUGUUGAUUGAGGGCUUCCAUCUGUACGUUAUGCUCGUGCAAGUGUUUAAAGCAAACAGGAAUUUCAAAAAAUACCUAGCGUUUGGCUGGGGUUUACCUAUUGUGAUAGUAGGAAUAUCGGCUGGAAUAUUUCAUGAUGAGUAUGGAUCUAACACCGUAUGCUGGUUAACUCGUAAAGUCUUGCUUGUGGCGUUUGUGCCUGCUGUGGGACUUUUAAUUUUGUUGAAUACAAUCGUUUUAUUCGUUGUGUUGAGGACUAUGAUGCGUUCGAUUUCGGUGUCUGCAAAAAUAGGAACAGACGAACGAUCUAGCGUAAGAACUGGUCUAAAGGCAGCUGCCGUCUUACUUCCUAUUCUCGGGCUGACUUGGACUUUGGGAUUUUUCUCAAUUGACUCCAAGGACACACUUGUCUUUACUUAUCUUUUCACAUUCCUAAACUCUCUUCAGGGUGUUUUCUUUUUCUUGUUCCAUUGCUUGAUGAGUACUGAUGUGAAGACUGCUUUUGAACGCAGAUCACAGCGAAAGAGCAGGUCUAGUUUGUCAGCAACUCUUGGUAAAUCCAACAAAAGGGACAGGCUGAUAGACAACAGAAAGUCGUCUUCGACGGAUACGUCUUUGACGGAUGUGUCCCUCUCCCACAAAUUAACCCCUACCACCAACAGAUUUUCACAGAUGGAGUCGAACUGGGAUAAUUAUGGAUACGACCAUCCGACGGAAUUUUUCACUCGCUCUUUUAGCGAUGGCAUCCCUUCUUGGAAAAAUAUCAACAAUUUACGCGCGCUUCACACGCAUUAUCAGACAGCAGACGACAUUUAUUCCAAACACGGCCUUCAUCAGAGACAAUUUGAACAGAGUAAAGAACAGUCUAUUGAAGACCUUUACAGCAAACCAUUGAAGAGACGUGACAGAGAGAACCAUGUUCAUUUCAAUGAUGACAUGGUAUUAACAGAACGAAAACUCGGCACAAUUAGUCCACCUGGAAUGAAGCUGACGAACUUCGACAGUCCGUACACUACAAUCGACAAAAAUUGGUCGAAGAGUUUUCUGGCUGAAAUUCAAGAAAAAGCAAACAAUAUCAAGUUAAGGAACAAUUUGGCGAUUGAAAAUGGAAAACUGGAGGUAUAG